UUUGUCGAAAUCAUUUAACUCGGUUGUGUAUUAAGAUUUUCAUUUCGCCUAAAAUAUUGUAGCAUUUCAGUAAUCUAAAUUUUGCAAGUACCGAAACAAUUUUCGUAUAAAUAUCUAAAACCGUGAGAUGCAAUUGUAGAAUGGUAACCGGGUGCAAAAUUCAAAAUUCAGUAGUAAGCCCAAAAUAGUUGGGUCGGUUCAUUUCAUUUUUCCAGUUCUUAUUUCGUUAUUGAAAGAUGCUUUCGAAACUUUAUUGCAACUUGGCUCGAUGUGGCAGCUGCCGUUCAUCGGAGGCUUGCCACUUGCUGCGGACAGCCACAGGCUUGCAACUUCACCAAGCACAUGGGGUAAGCAUGCAGAAGAAGGUGCCUACGCGGGAGGAGCAUCUGCAUGCGUUAAAGCAGGAAGAUUUCGAUCUGUUGAUAAUUGGCGGUGGAGCCGCUGGCUGCGGUUGUGCUGUGGAUGCGGCGUGCCGUGGCCUCAAGACUGCCCUGAUCGAGGCGGACGAUUUCUCAAGCGGUGCCAGCUCCAAGUCGAGCAAAUUAAUUGAUGGCGCCGGAUCGUAUCUUAGUGCAGCUAUCAGGGAGAAGAACUUCGACCAGCUAUAUUUGAUGCAGCAGGUGAUGGAGGAACGUGCCACCAUGUUUAAGAUAGCCCCGCACCUGAAUCGCGUGCAACCGAUGUUGAUGCCAAUCUACAAUGCCCUGCAAAUGCCAAUUUACUGGUUCUGUUUAAAGGUCUACGACUGGGUUGCGGGAAUGUCGAAUGUGCGUGGCUCGCAUUUCGUCUCGAAAGAGGCGACUCUCUUUGAGUUCCCCCUUCUGAAAGAAGAUGGUCUCAGGGGCGGCCUGGUUUACUACGAUGGACAACUCGAUGACGCCCGCAUGUGCAUAGCGUUGAUCAUGACGGCCGUCGAACUGGGCGCCAACGUGGCAAACCAUAUGGAGUUGACUGAGCUGAUCCGGAAGGAUGGAUGCUGUCGAUGUGCGGGCGUGAAAGAUAUCCUUACCGGAGAGACGUUCUUCAUUCAGGCCAAGGCUGUAAUCAAUUGUACGGGAGCGCACACGGAUACGGUGCGGCUGAUGGACGAUAACACUCAGCUGCCCAUUUCUGUGCCUACCCUGGGCACACAUUUGUCCUUGCCAAAAUAUUUCGGCUCGAACCAAUAUGGUCUACUUAGCCCUAGCACGGAAAAGGACGAGCCCUCUCUCAUAAUGGUGCCGUUUGAGAAUCGAGUGAUCCUUGGUACUACGGAUGGCGAGGUGGAGGAUUUGUGCAAGAGCCCAGCGCCCACACCCGAAGAUGUCGAAGAGCUGUUGGAUAUGGCACGGGAACAUUUCGAUGAGUGUGUCCAGUUAGGGUCUGGCCAUGUGCUCAGUGCGUGGACAGGCAUGAGGACAAAUGUAUUGUGUCCUGCUCAAUCCAGAGCUAUGAGAGGGCCCUGCUCUCCGCCUGAGGAUGCACCGGAGCAGCAGCCUGUUAGUAGUUAUCUGUUGGAGAUCAGCGACUGCCGACUGAUUACCCUUGGUGGAGGCAGAUGGAGCACAUAUCGAGUCAUGGCCGAAGAAGCUGUGGAUGCCGCUAUUGAUUACUGCGAUCUUGAUCGUGAGGCUCCCCCCAGUUGUACAAAGGACUUGAUGCUGGAUGGAGCUGAAGGUUGGUGCUGCAUGACGCCUCUGAACUUUGUGCAGGCCUACGACGUUCCCAUGGACGUGGCCCAACACAUUUCCGAUUCUUACGGACAUAAUGGUCACGUUCUCUUGUCGGAGGCCACUCCAGCCUUGAAGAAACGAUUGCAUCCCUUAUUCCCGUACAUAGAGGCGGAGGUUCAAUACGCUGCAAGACACGAAUACGCCUGCACUUUAGUGGACAUCAUAGCCAGACGGUUGCGUAUCGCCUUUGUGGAUGCCGUAGCAGCCCUGCAGAUGCUGCCUCGUGUUUUGGCCAUCAUGUCGAAGCACCACAACUGGGAUGAGGAGGAGCAAAAGAAGCAACUGAUCAUGGCACAGAAAUUCCUGGUCCGUCAAAUGGGCUUAGGUUCCAUUGUUAAGCCCAAACCAAAACCCAAGGGCACAAAGAAGGCUUCCUCUGGGUCUUCUGAUCCAAGUGGCGGCUCGCCGCAAAAAAUGGAGGUGCGCAGCUACUCAGGUGGACAAACAUCUGCUGCAGCAGAUGCCUCGCCGCCCAAACAGGCGACCUUCCAGCAUCCCGCUUAUCACCAACAAUCACAGCAGCACCAUAAAUGUCAUUUUGCAAAGAAUCUUGUGAAUCAACGUCUGGUGCUUUACCAAAAUACAACACCUCUGUCAAUGCCUGCAGUCCUGCCAAUGACAAGUGGAAUCACCUCACCUGUAGUUGCUGAAAGUGCCGCCAGCUCUCCGGGGAUGGUGCCUGCGACAACCAGCCAACAAGGACCACCUAAGAACAACGAUCUCGCCACCGAUAGUUUUUGGCGCAACAAGUUCAUGUGCUAAGCUUGGACCACGGAAUGCUCGGCACGAGGAUGCUACGCAAGUUGUCAAUGCGCUCACUGCGACCCGCUCACACCUCACGAACGGCACACAGACACGCACUGCUACUCGAGGUGUGCGCUUCUGUGAGUGUGUGUGUGUGCGUGCGUUUGUGUGUGUCUGCUGAAGGACCGGAAGAGCCCAUUAAACAAGUUCCAUCUAACUCUCGAUUGGUGUUUAGAUCAAAAUCAAAAUAAAAAUAGUUUCGGAAAAGCAAAAAAAACUUCACAAA